AUACCUAAAAAACCCUAGCUUCGCUUCAUCUGUCUUCCAUUUGCUCCAAAGCGACGGCUGCAGCGACAUUAUCCCACUUCGUAGAGAGAGAGUAGGGUAGACAGGGAAAGUAGAAAUGGUUUCGGGGUCAGGGAUCUGCGCUCGGAGGGUGGUUGUGGACGCGCGCCACCACAUGCUGGGGAGGCUGGCGUCCAUACUGGCGAAGGAGCUGCUGAACGGGCAGAAAGUGGUGGUGGUGCGGUGCGAGGAGAUAUGCCUCUCCGGUGGUCUCGUGAGGCAGAAGAUGAAGUACCUGAGGUUCCUUCGCAAGCGCAUGAACACCAAGCCCUCUCACGGACCCAUCCACUUCCGAGCCCCCUCUAAGAUCCUAUGGCGCACCAUCCGUGGGAUGAUUCCCCACAAGACUAAGCGUGGAGCAGCUGCGCUUGAUCGUCUGAAGGUCUAUGAGGGGAUCCCACCACCAUAUGACAAGAUGAAGAGGAUGGUCAUCCCUGAUGCGCUCAAGGUUUUGAGGCUUCAAGCAGGACACAAGUACUGCUUGUUGGGCAGGCUCUCUUCAGAGGUUGGAUGGAACUACUACGAUACUAUCAGGGAGCUUGAGAAGAAGCGGAAAGAGAGGUCUCAGGUGAUGUAUGAGAGGAAGAAGCAGUUGAAGAAAUUGAGGGUCAAAGCCGAAAAAGCUGCCGAGGAGAAGCUUGGUUCCCAACUAGACAUUAUUGCUCCCAUCAAAUAUUAAAAUAUAGACGUUAGAUUUCUUGAAUGACAUUUUUUUGGGAAAUUUUGUUCAAGUUAAAACUUUGUUUUGAUUUGAAUUUCAUGUUAUUUGUCGUUUUUCCUGUGGCAAUAUUUGAGGAGACUUCUUGCUAUAUGAUUGUGAUUUUUGCUUCAA